GAAGAACCUUGGAGAGAAGAAGAAGAGGAGGAAGAUGCUGAGGCUGUGCAUGUGAGAAGAACCUUAGAGAGAAGAAGAAGAGGAGCAACAGGGUGGUUGGAAGCUAUCAAGAGGAGGUUUCCUGUUUCUUCAUGCUGGACAAGGAGUCCUCCCUCCCAGCAGCAGUCAUGUGACAGAAGCCCUCAGCAUGCAGAGGAUGACCAGCUCAAGCUGAAGAAGAUUCCUGAAGACUGCAGCCGUCCUCCUUCCUCACAUGACCAGGAGAAGAUGACUAUCACCAGUCGACAGUCCCUGAAUGUCCUGACGCUCAUCUUCCUCCUUCUGGCCACUGCAGCGCUCUCCGCUCAUUACCGAGUGUGCGAGCCCUACUCCGACCACAAGGGGCGCUACCACUUCGGCUUCCACUGCCCCCGCCUGUCAGACAACAAGACCUACAUGUUCUGCUGCCACCACAACAACACCGCCUUCAAGUACUGCUGCAACAGCACCGAGUUCCAGAUGGUCAUGCAGGUCAACAUCACCACCAGCGGGGACGGAUAUUCACACAAUAAUUACACAGCCCUGGUGGGAGUGUGGAUCUACGGCUUCUUCGUCAUGGUCCUGCUGGCUCUGGACUUCUUCUAUUACUCGGCCAUGAAUUACGAGCUGUGCCGGGUCUACUUGGAGAAGUGGGGUCUCGGGGGCCGCUGGCUAAAGAAGGCUCGCAGUCAGUGGCACCGGGCCAUGGAGGAGGAGAGCCAGGCUCAGCCCAUGAUGGCGGGCCACUACCAGCCCAGACACAGCCUGCGAGGGGAGAGCCACAGCCCCACGUUGCUGCCCUACAACACAUCCACCGCCUGGUGA